AUGGAAAAACACAAUCUGACAGUGCUGAAUGAGUUCAUUCUCAUGGGAAUCACACAUCGUCCUGAGCUGCAGGCUCCCUUCUUCGGGCUCUUCCUCAUCAUCUACACAGUCUCAGUGGUGGGCAACCUGGGCGUGAUCAUCCUCACCAAGGUGGACCCCAGGCUCCAAACACCCAUGUACUUCUUCCUCAGACACCUGGCUUUCACUGAUCUUGGUUAUUCAACAGCUGUGGGACCCAAAAUGCUGGUAAGUUUAGUAACUAACCAAAACACAAUCCCCUAUAACUGGUGCGCUACACAGCUGGCUUUCUUCCUCUUGUUCAUCAUCAGUGAGCUUUUCAUUCUGUCGGCAAUGGCCUAUGACCGCUACGUGGCCAUCUGUAACCCUCUGUUCUACCCUGUCAUCAUGUCACUAAGGGUGUGUCACGUGCUGGUGGCCAUCUCCUACCUCUACAGCACAUUUGUGUCUCUUACAGUCACCAUGAAGAUUUUUAGUUCAUUCUUCUGUGGCUACAAUGUCAUCAGUCAUUUCUUCUGUGACAGUCUCCCCUUGUUAUCUUUGCUCUGCUCAAAUACACAUGAAAUUGAAUUGAUUAUUCUGAUCUCAGCAGGCUUUAAUUUGAUUUUCUCCCUUUUGAUAGUUCUUGUGUCUUACCUGCUGAUCCUGGUAGCCAUCAUCAGGAUGAACUCAGCUGAGGGGCGGCACAAGGCUUUUUCCACCUGUGGGGCCCACCUGACAAUGGCCAUAGUGUUCUAUGGGACUUUGAUAUUCAUAUAUGUGCAACCGGAGUCCAGUCAUUUCUUUGACACUGAUAAAGUGGCGUCCGUAUUUUACACCCUCAUUAUCCCCAUGCUGAAUGCCUUGAUCUAUAGCUUGAGGAACAAAGAUGUAAAAUAUGCAGUACAAACAAUGUGGAAAAAACUAUGCAAUCUUUUUUCUUAA